GAGAAGCAAGAAUCCAGUACGUUCAACAAACCCCGAAUCGAUCAGUAACAUAGCCCUGCCCAGAUCCAUUGCGACCGAACCGCAGAGACGCAGCGUGUGAUCGAGGAAGGGUGGAGGAUGACGAUUACAUUUGUGCUGCUAGUGAACAGGCAAGGGCAGACUAGACUUGCACAGUACUACGAGUAUUUGUCCAUCGAAGAACGCCGUGCUUUGGAGGGAGAAAUUGUUCGCAAAUGCUUAGCCCGAUCGGAUCAACAGUGCUCUUUCGUGGAGCAUCGGAACUACAAAAUUAUUUAUAGACGAUAUGCGUCACUGUUUUUCUUGGUGGGAGUUGAUGGUGAUGAGAAUGAGUUGGCAAUUCUAGAGUUCAUACACUGCGUCGUUGAAACUUUAGAUCGAUAUUUUGGCAACGUGUGUGAGUUGGACAUCAUGUUCCAUCUUGAGAAAGCACACUUUAUGCUGGAGGAGAUGGUCAUGAAUGGUUGCAUUGUGGAGAUCAACAAGCAGAAUAUAUUGACUCCUAUCCAACUCAUGGAUAAAUCCUCGAACCCGCAAUUCAAGCUUCCAUUGUCAUCUUCAACAUUCAGCGUUUUCUAGUUCUGUCGCACUUCCACCGUCGUCAGCCGGUUGGGUGCUCAGUUGUGGAUGGAUGAGACCAGUUUUCAAGGCUUCUGGUGCCAUUCUUCUUGACGAGAAGCUGGGGAGAUAGGCGUUUCAGUGAUGUAAACAUUGAUUUUCUUGGUAUCUUUUUAGAUUGAAGGCAAGUAUAAGAGCAAUGAAGUUUGUUCAAUUGGAGUCUGCUUGCUCUUGCCUAUCAUUUACAUGGUUACCAGAUCAGCAUUACAAGAAGUGGCCUACUUCAUGUACAGAGUCAGUAUAUUUAAAGCACUUUGACAACCAUGUAUGUUUUACAAAAGUUACACGAAGACCGAAAAAGCACGAGUGGUGCCAGGCCGUUUGUAGAGUAAGAGAACGUUUCCAUAUUUAUUUAGUGUAUCCGAAUUGAUACUUGCUUGAUACGUCGAUCACACAGAGCCCACCAGCAACACAUGGAAUGCAGGAUGUCUUGUGUAAUUGUGGGCAUUGUGGUAGAAGUCACAUUAUACUCAAUUCACUGUAGUACCAACUUACAGUAGUAUACUAGAAUAGAAGAAGAAGAAGCUCCCAUUAGCCUCUAGCACCUACAGAAGAUGGAAAAUGUACUUGUCAGUUCUAAGUCAAGGUUUAUUCACCUCGUUAAUUUCUUGCGCUUUCAAAUUGAGCAGGAAGAAUUUAUCUGUACCGUGUUGAUUUCCAGUCGUUAGAAUAUUCGUGAGAAGUUCUAACGACUAUUACAAGUUCGUUUGCACCAGGAGGUUUACAAUAGUCGAAGUAUAACAAUGAGUUUUGUAGACUAGGGAUGUGAGAAUCAAGUGGAUCAACAAAAUAUGUAUUCUGACACCUGAGCAUUUAAAAAAUUUUCAACCA